AUGUCGAAUGACAACAAUAGCACCAAUUUGCAAUCUAAAACCGCUCUUAACAUCUGCACGUGCAAUGGUAAAGGAGAUGGUGAGAUCGUUGCGUGUGCCAGCACUUCGUGCACAAUAAAGUCGUAUCACGUCGAAUGCGUGGGCUUAAAAUCAGCACCCCAGGAGCAAUGGUAUUGCGACUCAUGUGCAUCAAAAUGGCAUGGUUGGCUUCAGCAGACAGAAGAAGAAAGCGACAAAUACAAAGCCAGUGUCAAGGCUCAGUGGGAUCCUCAGGUCCUCGGAUCGCGAACUCGCGGCCAAAAACUCAAAAACACAACAGACAAGCGUUAUGACACGCAGGUCAUGGCAAAUGCGAAACCCAUAAUCCCCGAUGAAUCAACCAUGAAGCGCCAAAAAGCAAAGGCAGCGAGGGCAGAGAAAGCAGAAGCAGUAAGGGCAAAGAAAGCACAGGCAACCGGUCCGAAGUUAACCAUAGCUACUAAUCCGCCGGUCAACAACCAUACCCCGCGAAGCAGAGGAACUAACGGCAUCGAAAUCGAGCUGUCUCAUAUCAUGAAAGGAAUUCUUUCUCCCAUAGAUGCGAGACAACUCGCGAAGAACGCUAACCCAAAUGAGAACAAUGGGCAAGAUAGCCCUCUCGCUAGCUACAGCCAGGGAAACUCACCAGCUCCAAUGGCUGGUCGCGCCCAAGAAGACACCCACAAAGAACCAGAUCCUCGUGAUGACGCCAGUGACAAUUCAGACUAUCACGAAGCACCACAGACGCGUGACCAGACCGUUGCACAGACCAAUGGCGAUCACAGCGACGGACCGGCGGAGGAACCCUCCACCUCGGCAGCGACCAGGGAGAACUCUCUUGCAGCUUCGCAGCCGGGCUCCGCGCCCUCUCCAACCCCAGCGACAUCUAGGGAAGGUAGCGUACAAGCUUCCUCCUCGGCGCCCCUCCCCGCCAACCCCACCUCACCCUCCAACGCAACCUCCCCCUCCCCAACAGACGAGCAGACAGACCCCAACCCCGACGACGACGCGGAGUGGGAAGGAUUCUCCGCCCAAGAGCUAGACAUCACGAAGCAUCCGCUCUUCCCGCAACUCUGCGCCCGUACGCGCAAACGUGACCGCCUGGUCAUUUUCGACUCCUCCUCCUCCGACGACGACGCCAGCACCGCUGCCGGAUCAUCUCGUACUGCUGAUGAGGCUUUGGAGAUCCAGGAGGAUAUUGAAGGCAUGUUGGCGUGGCCGCCGGCAAACACGCACUUCUGGUACCGUAACGCGGGGAACGGGGUGAAGAAUAAGAAUGAUAAGGGCUCGAAGAGAGCGUGCUAUAUGUUUGGGUUGACUGCUCUGAAGAGGGAGCAGCGGGAGUGGGAGGCUAGGGAGGCGGCUAAGCCGAUUGAGCGGCGGGUUUGUCAGCCCAGUCGGAUGGUGGUGAAGCCGAAGAAGAGGAAGAGGAGGGGGAGGAGGGAUGUUUACUAG